GUCGCCCCUCGGUAGUCCGUCGCGGUUCUCUUCUUUAAUUGUGUGCGUCUGACAGUGAUGCUCGCCGUCGGUAGCGAGCUUAAAACACAGUGGUAACGCGCUGGCUUUGAACAAGGGAGGCGAGCAAAAAUCGACGGGAUUCACGAUUAACGAUUAUCGACGAUUAUUAAACGUUAAAAUUUGUUAUCCGGGUUACGGGUGUGUGCGUGCGUGUAUCGUAUAUGUUCGGGUCGUGUUUUUGUGAUAUUCUGUGAGCGACGACGACGACGACGACGACGACUACGACGACGACGACGACGACGACACAUGGAUACGAGUUAAACGUAAAACAGCAGUGUGUAUGUGUGUCCUAAUAUUGGGUCGAAAGUUCGAACGCGAAAUUUGAACGCGGAACGAUGACUCGAAAUGAGCUAGACAAGAGGAAGUAUAAAACGACGCCUCGAAGCGUCAGCUUAAAUAAAUAAUAUAACCGGGUAUUGGUAUAUUAAGAAGGUGGACUGUGGACGAGGAUUUGAAUGGACAAAAUAUAAUCCGUGGGAUGCGUGCGUUACACGCGUGUGUGUUAAAUACGCGAAAGGACACGUGUGCGCGGAUCAUAUAAAUCGAAUCGGGACUGAAGAGUCGCGACGAAGGAGAUCGGGCUGAUGAUGAACAGCCAGGAGAGAAGAACCGAGCAACAACAACGGGAAAGGAAAUAAAUUAAUAAUAAUAAUAAUAAUAAGUGACCGAGAGAGAAGAAUAUUCUGGUCGGUGUUAUCAAUCAAUCGAUCUAUACGUAUUACACGUACACACAUGUAGAGUGACACUGGUAUAGUAUACUGUGGGGAUAUGUAGGACAUGUACGUAUACCGAGUGAUUCGUGUAACGAGAAACGGUACGGGGCAAGAAUCGAGUGACUCGAAAGGGGGAUAUGCGCAUAUUUUUUUAUCCACGUCGUCCGCUCGUCGACUCGCUUUCAGUUAAACUGCUGCGCGGGGUCUCUUGGAAUGGAACGUUACUUAUACUCUGUUGCGGAACAUUAUUAAAAUAAUCGAGAAAUAUCGUUUGAAUUCACAAUUAUAAAAUCGUCAAUGCUUGGUUCCUCUGCGAUCUUGGCGAUUUCUAUUACGUUGAGAAUAAGCGAGGUGGGCAACAGAGUAGAGAUUUUCGAAAUAGUGAAAUGGCACACGGUAUACUAUGCUAGAUAGUAUCGUCUCGCGUCGAUGAGAAACCAGCAGACGAGACGACGGACACCCCCUAAUAUAAACGCGUGUAUGCAUACGGUGUUGAAACGCAGUUCAACGACGACAGCCCAUGAUGGUCGACUGGAGGGGCGGAUUCACGAUUAUCGUCAACCUCCACCUCGUUCAAGUACCCUCUUUUCGGCGGUGAAUGUUGCUUGCGGGGGCCACGUUGCUUGCCACCGGGCUUGCCACCACCACCGGGUGUGGUUGUGCAAUUGACAGUGCCAGUGCCGUUGACAGUGACAUUAAUAGGAGAAGGAGGUAUCGUCAUCGUGAAUCGUUAUCGUGAUGACUACCGCGGCGGAGGAGGAGGCCAGCGAGCAGCCCACUACGGCGGUCAACGUGGACGAAUGUCUCAAGGAACGGAAAUGGUGGUGCUUCUUGUUGUCGAGCAUAUUCACCUUCCUCGCGGGAUUGCUGAUCGUUCUGCUAUGGCGGGCGUUCGCGUUCCUCUGCUGCCGGAAGGAACCCGACUUCGCCCCGAACGAUCCCAAACAGAAGGAACAGCAGCAGAAAGGUCCGGGGGGCCAGAGGGGCGGGAACAGGGAGUUCGAGGGGACGUUCAUGACCGAGGCCAAGGACUGGGCCGGUGAGCUGAUAUCCGGACAGACCACCACCGGCAGGAUUCUGGUGGUAUUAGUUUUCAUUCUCAGUAUAGCGUCGCUUAUAAUAUACUUCAUCGACGCCUCCAGCGAGGAGGUGGAACGUUGCCAAAAAUGGAGCAACAACAUCACACAGCAGAUAGACUUAGCUUUCAAUAUAUUUUUUAUGGUCUACUUUUUUAUACGCUUUAUCGCCGCCAGUGAUAAGCUGUGGUUCAUGCUGGAGAUGUACUCGUUCGUCGACUACUUCACAAUACCGCCGUCCUUCGUGUCGAUUUACCUGGAUCGCACGUGGAUAGGGUUGAGGUUCCUCAGGGCCCUUAGACUGAUGACGGUACCCGAUAUACUCCAGUACUUAAACAUUCUAAAGACGUCGAGCUCCAUCAGGUUGGCGCAGCUCGUCUCGAUAUUCAUCUCGGUUUGGUUGACAGCCGCCGGCACUCCAGGUUUGCUGGAAAACUCGGGAGACCCGUUCGAGUUCACGAACCCUCAACAGCUCUCGUACUGGACCUGCGUGUAUUUUCUGAUCGUGACCAUGUCGACGGUGGGAUACGGCGACGUUUACUGCCAGACGGUUCUCGGCCGAACAUUCCUAGUAUUUUUUCUACUCGUCGGUUUGGCAAUAUUUGCUAGUAGCAUACCCGAGAUAAUAGAGCUCGUAGGCAGUAGGUCCAAGUACAGCGGCGAGUACAAGCGGGAACACGGAAAGAGGUAUUCAAAAUCAAUCAAUCAAUCAAUCAAUCAAUCAAUCAAUCAAUCAAUCAAUCAAUCCAUCAAUUAGUUCAUUAAUAAAUACGUAGACGACUAUUCAAUGUCUUGCUAUUCGUAUUCUGACUCUACUCUACUCUACUGAACUUCAAAUACUUCACACUGAUCAUGUUCUAUAAUUCCACUUCUAUACACAUAGUAAUACUUAUAAUACCUACCUAACACUGUGAGAUUAAUAUUACAUGGUAUUUUAUAACGUACGUGUAACGUAACAUUUUACAUUAGAUAUGGUGCAUACAUACAUACGGUAUGGACAGAGUCGCGUAUUAUAGUACACACGCGAGUGUUACGUGGUAAGUCGAUAAACAUUCGGAAAAAUUUUCAUUCUCUCAUCAAUUAUCUCAAAUUCAAUCGAUCCCCGUGUAACUAAAACUCGUCUCACUCACGAUCUCUUCUGUCGUGUUUAAGUAACUGAACCCAACGUGAGCAUCAAGGUAAAAAUUGAUUGAAGUGAGACACGCUGUAUACAUAUCUUUCUCUAUUUUCCCAUCCUCUUCUCUCUCUCUCUCUCUCUCUCUCUCUCUCUCUCUCUCUCUCUCUCUCUACGUUACUUUACUUUCAUUAAAUUGAUCCACGAGCCAAGCGAACAACUAGCGUGAAUUAAAUGCAACAGAGUAGAGACGUGUACUCGUUAUAUAUGUAUACACGGACACAUGCUCGCUACGAGUGCGUAUCACUUGUGGCAUAUGCUUGCGUAGUGUGCGUGUACAUAUAUGCGUACAUGUAUGUACAUAUGCGCUAUAUAGAUUAGAAUUUAUUGUUCUUAUGUACGUGUGUGUGUUUAUAUAUAUACAUGAAUUUAUUGUAGUGUAUAUAUACACGCACACACGUUUGCACGCAUUUUGCACAUAUAAUCUGCUGCCUAUAACAUACUAUAUAUACAUAUAUAUAUCAGGUAUAUUAUAUAUGUACGUAUAUACACACACAGACACCGUAGCAUUUACUUAGUAUUAGCUAUAUUAUACAUGUAUAUGUAUAUACAUAAUUAUUAUUUGCCGACAGAUAGACAUAGUUAUAUGCAAUAGACGUUUAUAUCGAUAAUAAUACACGUAGAUGCAGUUAAUCAAAGAAUUUUAUUCUCUACGCACAUGAAAGUGUGAUUAUCGAAUUUUGUUUUAUAUGUAUACGGACCCUCACUUGAGCUGGGUAUCUAAAUUAUUUCCGGUCCUGCCCGAUCGUAAGAGAUAAUUAUUGGCCAAAAUAUUUCAAGGCGUGCAUCGGUUACUAUCGGUACGCGUACUAUACUCGGCUGUUUGAGUGAGCACCUACGGUAAAGAGAUGUUAAAUCGAGGAAAUAAGCUACACUCGAAACUGAGUGCAGAAAUAAUAAAUGACGAAGCUUGAUGUGUAACGUCGUCGACUAAUUACAAUUGUUUCGUAAUUCCGUAGCAUCGUAGCAGCUGAGCACGUGUCACUCGUCGACGCAACACUCCACUAUUUAAUUCAUUCGACUCGUCCAUGCAAUGAGAGAUCUCUUCGUUUUUUUCCAUCGCCGUCAUGUACGCGCCUUGAAAUCGUUUAAGGAUGUAUUGGCUAUACAGUCAAUCCCAAAAGUUUAUAUAUUUUAGA